UGUGAUUUUCAGUGGAAAGUGAGCGGACCGCACAUCGCUGCCGCACCGCUCACCCUCCCUAUCCUGACUGAGGCCUACCGUCAUUCACUCCAGCUUGCCCCUCGAUAUCGACUUCUACGGCUGUCCAGUGGUGAAUAUGGUCGAGUAGACGUUCGCAGCGUCACCUUCGCACACCCCACCACCGUCCGACCGCCUCUUUGGGAGAAAGCGCGGCGGCAACGUCACCAGCAGCAACAAUGCAGCAGGAACGUUCCGCGCAGCCGCCAGCAUACACGCAGCAUGACCCGAGCUCGCUGAACCUCCCGUCCGUCCCGACGCACACUCUCCCCAGUCUGCGCAGCCUGGACCUGCCGGACGCCAGUCCGGGACCAGCUACGCACUCGUCGCGCGCCUCCAUCGAGCUGAGCCCGAAGACUACGAGCACACAAUGGGGACCGCUGCCGCCGCUGAGCAGUGCGACGUUUCCCAGGGUGCCUGAGGGCGAUGUCGGAAGCCCGAUGGAUACAGCGAGCGUGGUUAGUGGCGUCGAGGAGCGGAGGAGGGAGAUGAGUGUGCUGAGCGUGGACGAUCCGGAUGUGCGGUUGGCGGCAGAGGCGCUGAGUGGAUUGGGCAAUCCAGACUUCGCCCGAUCACCCACCUCCCGCUCCGUCACCCUCUCCGCCCGCGAACCCACAGCCGAGCCCGAGCCACUCCUAAACCUUUUGACAUCUGCCCAUCCAUGGUUGGGCGGCAGUAUCAACGGUUCCAUAUCCGCCUACAACGCAACCAAGGGUUACUCCCCUCGCUUCGUCAAGUACGGUGCCGAGCUCAUCGAACGCAACAUCGGGUCACCCGUCGUGAACACCGUUUCUUCCGUCGGCCGGCGCACCGGCGUAGAAAAGAACCUCCGCCGCUACCUAGGCGAAGUCCACCGUAGGCCCAGCGACCUCGAGCAAGGCGACGAAGCCGGACGCAAGCGCCAGCGCAUCAUGAGUCCCUCCCACGCAGACGCCAUGGACAUCGAGGACAGCCUCGCAUUGGCCCGCACACGCGGCGGCUCGCACUCCUCCUACGCCGAGUCUCUCCCUGCAUACGACGAUCACCGCUCCCCGAAGUACGAAGAAACCGCCGUCGUGGUCAUCGAUCCCGCACUCACCGCCAAAGACACCGACGCCCAAUCCACAACCUCCAACCAAGACCGCCGCGUAAACUGGUCUACCCAGCUCAUAAUGACGACGUCUGGGCUCGGCGUCGCACUCUCAGACGCGUCGCUCAAGAGUCUGAAAUUGUGCUUAGGUUUGCUGCGGAGCGCGACUAAGCACAUCGACAGCGUGAUGCAUGCGCUCAAGCUCGUGCUCGAGGAGUACGAGACCGCGCUCAGGAACACGCGCCAGUCAAAUGGCGAAGCUACACACGACGAGAAAUCGGGCGAUGUGGCCAUGUCAGGAGGCUGCUCGGAAAUGGACCCCGAGCGCGAAGAACAAGUGCGCCGCAUCGCUGACCGCAUGAAGUCGCUCUCCAGCGAUAUAUGGACUACGCUCCAAAACGUUGUCCAGUCCGUGUCGCGCUACACAGGCGGCGCUUUGCCACAGAACGCCAGCCAGGUCGUGCGCACACAGCUCCUGUCCGUCCCCCAGCGGUGGCAGCUCGCCAGUCGCAGCACGGCAAAUGAGCAGCAGGCCGGCGGCGAGGAGGUCCGGGGCGCGAACCGCAUGCUCGCGUUUGCGAAGGAGGGCCUUGACAUGAUGGGCCAGAUUACAGCGGUUGUGGAUGGCACUGUGCAGAGUGCGGAGAGUUGGUUGGCGAGGAUUGGACGGCGGCCGCAGGGUGCUGGUGAGGGUAGUCAUCUAGAGGGGGAGAAGGCUAACUCAUCACUCGUUGGCGUCAUGGUUGAUAUGCAGGAGAAGAGAUAAAAGAAGCGAACAGCAUUCAUGCUAAAGAGAGGAAAACACCUGGGAGGGGAAAAAGCUGGGAAGAGGUUUUCUUAUUGUCACGUAGAUGUGCCUGUCGGACUAUAACUAACAGUCCCGUAUAUCCCCCUUGUUCUUCUUUUCUU